AUGUUGGCCGACUAUCCGAUAUCACGCGUACCCGGUGGACCGCUCUACAACACGUCUGUGGUUCCCGAUUUCCAAAGCGCUCUAACUGGCAAAUCUUGCAAUGAAGGAUGGCCCACCGAACAAGAGAUAAUGGAACAUCCAGGCCUGAGAAACACUCCACUGGCCAUGUUAGCGGCUCAGUGCAACAAGUUACAGAGUAAAUCGCCGCCGCCACUCGCUGACGCGGCCGUGGGCAAAGGGUUUUAUCCGUGGAAAAAGAGUCCACAACAGCAGUCCACUGACAUGUCCGGUUCGCCGCUGCAACAGCAGCAGCAGCAACAACAACAGCAGCAGCAACAGCAACAACAGCAACAGCAGCAACAGCAACAGUGCCAACAGCAACAGCGGACGUCGUCCAGUGCUGCGGAAUCGCCCAGGCCCGUGGUCACUUCCACGUCGUCGGCUCCGUCCACGCCGGUGCCGACCGGCGCCGGUUACCCGCCUCCGCCUCCUCCGCACCAUGGCAACAUCUACUUCGGCGGCGGAAGUGGUGGCCACCAGACGCUGGCCGCUGACAACAACGGCCACCACCAUCACCACCAGAGCCCGUUGCUGGGCAAGGUGGACAACCACAGCGCGCUGUAUGGCCGCCACCCGUACGAGUGGCCAUUCAAUUCGAUGGGCACCGCCGGACACCACGCACCCGCCAUCAAGACGGAGUCCGUGAAUCCCGCUUGGUGGGACGUGCACGGGAGUGGAUGGCUGGACAUGAGUGGAGGCAUGCACGCGCAGAUGGCCAAUUACGCGGCGCAGUCGGACUACUCGUCGUUGAGCCACUCGCUGGCCGCGUCCAACACGGCGGCCGCUCACCACCUGUUCUCCAAUCAACACUUCUUGCAGGACACGUACAAGUCCAUACUGCCGGGCGCCCAGGGUUCGUUCGGCCUGGGCCACCACCACCACCAUCACCCGUCCGUCGUCACGUCCUCUUCGUCCUCGUCGUCGGCCACUUCACCGGGUUCGGCUUCCGCGGCCGCCGCAGCCGCAGCCGCCGCGGCCGCCGUGUCAGCGGCUUACAGCUCGGCGCCCCAGACGCCGUCCCCGCGCACACAGCGCAGGUACACCGGACGGGCCACUUGCGACUGUCCCAACUGCCAGGAAGCCGAACGGCUUGGUCCAGCCGGUGGCCACCUCAAGAAGAACGUGCACAGUUGCCACAUACCCGGUUGCGGUAAAGUCUACGGCAAGACGUCCCAUCUCAAGGCCCACCUCCGAUGGCACACGGGUGAGAGGCCGUUCGUGUGCAACUGGCUGUUCUGCGGCAAGCGGUUCACGCGGUCCGACGAGUUACAGCGACACUUGCGCACGCACACCGGCGAGAAGCGUUUCGCGUGCCCCGUGUGCAACAAGCGGUUCAUGCGGUCCGACCACCUGGCCAAGCACGUCAAAACGCACAACGGAAACGGUGGCAGCAAGAAGGGCAGCAGUGAUUCGUGUUCCGAUUCGGAGAACAGCCAAAGCGCGGCCGACGGUUCGUCUCCGCACAACCAGCACCAGCAACAGCAGCAGCAGCAGCAGCAGCAACAUCAGCAACAGCAACAGCAGCAACAACAGCAGCAACAGCAACAACAACAGCAACAGCACCAGCAGCACGUGCAACCGUUGCACAUGGCCGACAUGGUGGACGUGAAACCACCGUUGCCCCUGGGCGGACCGGCCGGUCUGGUCCGGUGGAGCCCGGUAGUCAGUUCCGUGGGUUCUGUUGUGCCGCUGUCGCCACCGUCGUCGCACGCCAUCGGGCCGUCACCGUUCCUGUCCGUGCAACAGCAGCACAACAACAACAAGGAACAGAAGAGCUUCUGCUGGACGAAUACCGCCGGCAAAGAGCCGAAAAUGUACCAGGAGAAACUGGAAUGA